GCGCUUGACCAGAUCAGAGGUCGCAUCGCUCUGAGGGGCUCUUUCGCGCGCGGUGGCCGAUGGGGCCUUCUUUUGGGCUGAAUCGGCUGCUCGAUUGUUGGAAGGGGCAGGGUCGGCGAUGGGUUUGGGGGCACUGAUUUGAGGCCGGCGGCCUUUUUUGCUGCGAAGGAGGGUAGCAGUGGCUAGCUGGUAUGUUGGGCUCAAGCGGGACAGAAACGCCGAGCGGAACAAUGAUAGUCCCGCGGUUCAAAAUUAUCGCCGGCAAAGAGAGUCGAGCUUCACUUUCUGUCAAGCCCUGCUAGUCCUCGGAUUCAGUUUACGCCGUACUUCUCUACUUUAUAUUUGUCUUCUCUCGGAUACUCCCUCAAUCCCUUCAACCUCAUUAUGAAGACCUCCACUUUGGUGGCUGCCACCGCCGGCACCGUUUUGACCGGUCUCUUGGCUUACGCCGUGUACUUUGACCACAAGAGACAGACCGAUCCGGAAUUCCGGAAAGCCUUGAAGAAGAACAACCGUCGGAUGGCCCGGGCUGUCAAGGAAGAAGCCGAGGCCGUCGGUGCCCAACAGCGCGAGCAGAUCAAGAAGGCCGUGCAGCAGGCCAAGGAUGAGGGCUUCCCGACCGACCUGGAGGAGAAGGAGGCUUACUUUAUGGGUCAAGUUGCCCGCGGAGAGUCUUUGUGUGCGGAGGGUUCCGACAACGUCGAGGCCGCUCUCUGCUUCUACAAGGCCCUCAAGGUCUACCCCCAGCCCAAGGACCUGAUCUCGAUAUAUGACAAGACCGUUCCCAAGGAGGUGUUGGAGCUUCUUGCCGAGAUGGUGGCUAUGGAUGCUGGCUUGAAGUUGGGCACUUUCACUGGCGAGGGUGGUAGCGCUGAUAGUGGUGCUGCUGUUGAUGAGUAAAGAAAAAGAAACGAAAGAUGACCGGUCAUGCCUCCAUACCCUUACCUCCUUUCAUCCCGAGCUAGACAUCUGGAAUUGCUGUGCUUCUGGUCAACGCUGGGCCGUGGCCUCCAGAUGCUUCUCUCCCAUACUCCCACAUCUUAAACCGCACCCCGUUAUGACCUCUCCACUUCCUGUGUAUCCGUUAUGUUCUUCCCUGUAUAUUUGCAUGAGUCUUGGCCAUGGACAUGGCGGACCAUUUCGUAUCUCGGCGCCUUGCUCUAGUGUUUGUUCCUGUUUCUGUUUGUUUUGGGCCCGAAAAGACUGGGGUUUCGAUGAAUAGCACUGGCGCCGGUUAGUGGUCCUCGUUUCUGUUAUCUAUCUGACAGGUGGAUUAGAUGUAUGUGUAUUUUAGAAAGGUUUUCUUCACCGAAAAAAGACUACAAUUGCAAUGCUAGUCAUGGCCAUCGUCAUCGUCAUCGUAUUGCUUCGUUGCCCUGUCACCGUCAG